GUGCCUCGGCUCCGGGGGAAAUCAUGUAGUUGUAUUGGAGAUAAUCAUUCUCACCACCAAUGAAACCUUAGGAUUAAAAAACACCUUUUGUUUUGACCAUGUAAGUCGGUACAAUGGAGGAGGCUGUGUUGACAACGGGGGAUGGAAAGAGGCAGAAGAGGGUGAGAUUCCGGGUGGCCUCAGGAAACAGCGGGCGUGUUUUGAAAGAGAUGUUUAAAGAUGACGGGCCGUCAGAUUCACUGGAUUCAGACUGCACCAGCAGCUCUGAAGCAGAGCGGGCCAGCACCCCAUCCACCAGCGGGGAGGUCAACGGCCACCUGUGUGGAUUUUUGGGCUCGGAGCUGGAUGACAGUGGAAGUGAACCUGAUGAUUUGCUGAAGUUUGCAGGGGGGAGAGACAAGGAUAACGUGUUGAGCACCAAACGUGUGAAUAUCCUCAGUAAAAACGGAACAGUCCGAGGAGUGAAGCAUAAAGUCAGUGCUGGCCAAAUACUCUUUGAAAACUUGGCUACAAACAGUGGGCCAGAACUGACACUAGAGUUUGGGCGAAUUGUAAUCUAUACCACCAGUUUUCGAGUGGUCAGGACUACAUUUGAGCGAUGUGAGCUUGUCCGGAAGAUCUUUCAGAACCACAGUGUGAGGUUCAUAGAGAAGAACAUCGCUUUGGACAGUGAAUAUGGGAAGGAACUCGAGAUGCGUUGCAAGCGAGUGGGUGAACCUCCCUCACUUCCUGUGGUCUUUAUUGGUGGACACUACCUGGGGGGUGCCGAGAAAAUACUUGAAAUGAAUGAAUUAGGAGAGCUUCAAGAUCUCCUCACCAAAAUUGAGAGGGUACAGCACCCCAACACGUGCCAGGCAUGUGGGGGAUUCGCUUUCGUCCCGUGCCCUAUGUGCCAUGGUAGCAAAAUGUCUGUGUUUCGCAACUGCUUCACUGACUCCUUCAAAGCGCUGAAGUGCACAGCAUGCAAUGAGAACGGUCUUCAGCCCUGCUCCAGCUGUUCUCACUAAGGUCCUUUUCAAGUGCCUGCCACCCCUUCACCAUCUCUAACCCUAUAAGCCAUGUUAAGAACUACAUAGAGAUGCAAAAACCCCAUGUUAUUUGUUAAUAAACAUUUUUUUUAGAAAAUGUAACUAUGUGUACACACAUCUGUAAUUUGAUGAUGCUUAUUGUUUACAGCAAUUUUGUCAUAUGCCAACAGAUAAAAUACCUGGCAACGUUAUUCAUCCUGACAGUAUGGACUCUGUCUGUCACUGUAAAUAAAUAUAGUAAUUAAGAAAAUUACAGAACAACUGUCAGGGCGGGAUAUCAUCUUUCCAAACCCUAUGAUCCCAGCAUGAGGCAAUAACCUGUUAAACAUCAAGACAGUUGGUCCUGUCUCAUCACAGGAAAGCUUAACAGUUAAUCGACUGACCAUACAAAAACAGAUCACAAGAUAAGUCCUCAACAAGCGAAGCGUUUCCUCAUUUGUCAGCCAGUUAGGUUUACAUUUAAUUAUUCAAAUGUAUGCAGGAAUCAAAUUGCCCGGCGUGACCUAAUGUCUGUGAUCUGCAAUUUAUCCAUUAUUUCACUCUGAUCUUAUUUAAGGGUUCAUUAAACAAUGAUACAAAUAACAUUUACAAUAAGUGCAUAUAAAUGAGGUUGGCAGAAAUCCUUUACAAAUAAACAGCAGGGCAGGUCUGGAUGAGCGUCUCUGUGCUGUCAUAGCCCUGUACAAUGCUGCUUGAAUUGGAGUCUACAAGGCA